AUGAUGAGUUCCAUCCCGAAUGAUCUCAUUAUCGAGAUAUUCUUGAGAUUGCCUUCAAAAUCAGUAGCUAGGUUUCGUUGCGUGUCGAAGCAAUGGGGUUCCAUACUUUGCCGUCCAUAUUUCACCGAGUUGUUCUUGACCCGAUCAUUGGCUCGUCCACGUCUCUUAUUCGUCGUCAAGUUCGAUAAGGGUGACUUCCACUUGUUCUCGUCGCCUCAGCCUCAUAAUCCAUAUGGAAAGCAGUCGUCUCUUUUAGUAACCGCCGAUUUUCGUAUGAACUUGAGUAGAUACUUGUUAAUGGACUUCCGUCAGUAUGCCUCCGGUUUGAUCUAUUUCCUUGAUGAUGGGUGGUGGAGCUCAAACGACGAAACGGAUGCAUUCCAUGCGAUAUGUAACCCUAGCACAGGACAGUAUGCUGUCUUACCAAACCUAAGAAGAAGGGACAAGUAUUUGUAUAGCUUUUUAGGGUUUGAUCCGAUCGACAAACAAUUUAAGGUAUUGUCCAUAUUUCCAUAUCGAUUUAGUGAUAGUAGAAUUCUAACACUGGGACCUGGAAAAUUGAGGUGGAGGAAGAUCCAUCGUCCCUUAACCCAUAGGCCUUUGGGUCAAGGGAUAUGCAUCGAUGGGGUUUUGUACUACAUAAGUCGCCUAAGUGAUGACUUCACGUCUUAUUUCAUAGUUUGUUUUGAUGUUCGGUCGGAGAAUUUCAAGUUUCUUGACGACGAAGACUUCCCCUAUUCUGGGCCUAAAUUGAUAAACUAUAAGGGUAAGUUAGGUUUGUUUUUUCGGAACUAUGACAUCGCCGAUGCCAUCGAGUUGUGUUUGUGGGUUUUAGAUGAUGUCGAAAAAAAUGAGUGGUGUAAAUACGCAUUCUACAUUUCGGGGGAUGAUAAAAUCGCUGGUUUUCUUGAUGUUUACGUUAUUGGAGUGACGGCUACUACAGGUGAGAUUGUGUUGGCGGAGAAAAAUACAUGUAGAUGUAAACCCUUCUAUGUUUUCUACUUCAGUCCCGAAAGGAAAACUCUCCAACGUGUUGAGAUCCAAGGUUUUGGACAAUCCUGUGAUAAGAAUCAUCAUAGUGUUCAAGUCUUUCUAGACCAUGCAGAGGAUCUUAAUCUUAACGAUGCAAAGAUAUUCAAGCAAAGCCAAGGGCUCGAUAUCAUUUGGAAAAGGCCAAUAGCACAAUAUCCGGAAGAGUGA